AUGGCAGGCUUACAGAGAGCCACGCAGCAUCCACGCCUCUGUUUUAUAAUCUGUGUAACUUCCAUUUUACUCCUCAUCCUCCUCGGCCAAGCGUUCAAAGAAAGACGGCAGGAAGAGAAGCACAAAAGAGAUAUCCUGGACUCCACAGAAAUCCCAGCAGAUCUCAUCGAUCCAGCUGCCAUCGACCUCACUCCGCUGGUCAAUACUUUAAUAAAUACAAGCCAAUCGGGCUCCCGUCAGCUCUUCUCUCUCCUGAGUGUUACGUCCUACAGCUCUCUGGCUCUCCAUAAACUCACCCUGUUGGUCUACAACAUUUCCAGCAUCAGAAGUUUUGAAGGCAACAUGUUCAGGAGAAGAUUCUGCUACUGUGUGACAAAUGAGACCAACGAUCUAACAGACUUUACGGCCAUACUGUUGGAUGUGAUGGGAAACUCAACAAGUUACCUACAUGAGCUCUUUAAAUCGGCCUCUAUAUUAUCGGUAAGCCAGAGGAACAACUCAGACUGUAUUUACAUCUGCGUGAUGGCAGGUAAGUCGGGCAGAGAAGUGCCAGAGCUGUGGGAGGUCAACUCCAUCACUCCGCUCUUCAACCAGACCAUCGUUGAAGGACCACAUAGAGUAGGUAACAUUUCCUCCAUCAGACUCCCUGCUGAAUGGCACCAACCUCCCACAAAUCUGAGUCACAUCUCUCCAUCUGGGAUGAGCUCCAUGUUAACCAGCAGGGUCCAUUCUACUGCACAUGGUGAGUCUCUACAGGGGGCCAUUUCAUCAACAACAAUGGAUGAAACAGCUGCUACAACAGUGCAGCUCACCACUUCCCAACCACUGGCAACAGGUCAACAACCCAUGACCAUUAUGCCACAAAGUCAAACUACAGUGGGCAGACAGGAGACAACAAUGAGGACGACACAAAUGGCGACGACACAUAGAGUGACGACACAAAAAGUAAUAACACAAGCCGGAACGACAGCACAGAUGAAAGCAGUCAUGCCAGCGCAACCAGCCACCACCUUGCAAGUCACCACUGCAACAGUCGCAGCUCCAACCACAGCUACACACCAGUCAAGUACAACAAUCCAGGACACGACUCCCACUGUUCAUCCAACGAGACUUUCACCUGUCCGUCCCACAGCAGGACCUACGGUGGCUGCAAGGACUACAGGGCCUCUUAGCAGGAAAACUACAACAACUAGCAAGCCUGUGGUAACAGAAAAACCAGGUUGUCCUUGGAGAAGGCCGGAGCUGACCGACGUCUCGAUCUCCAGCAGUACGACCACCGUCAGCGCUCACAAGCUGCAGCCAUGCGUCCUUGAGCUCUGCAAGUUCUUCUCGCAGUGCCUCUGCAGACCCUUGAGCCACAAGACACGCAUGAAAAGAUACUGUGACGACAGCCACGUGUGGUAUGAAAAACACACGUCUGAAGUGUGUCGGCGGGUCAGGAGAGUUUCCUUCUCAAGAAAUCUGAAACAGAGAUGCCUGACAAAGAUGUGCAAUAAACUGUGACCAGAGUGGAAGCAGAGAGAAACAAAGAGCUGCUUAUCAGCACAGGAAGUGACUGAAACUACAAACUACACCUGAGGACACUUCUG